CUGGCGCAGCAGAGCCGCCAUUCGCGGAGCGUCUGUGCGGGCCCGGGAGCGGCGGCAGCGGCCGGAGCCCGGUGAGGCGGCGGCGGAGCUCGGAGGCGGCCCCAGCGCAGACACAAGAUGCCAAAUGACUUCCUGAGAUGAACUUCAGCAAAGGGGAACCCUCAGCCCAAGGCACUCUCCUCUUGUUUUUUCUUGCAAACCAGGAUUUUUCAUUCCCAAAGCGUGGCCGGAUGGAGGACGAGGAAAAGCUUCAGAUAUGCCCUAAGAGCAGAGGCUGCAAACCCAGCCUAGGGACCUGCCUUUGCCAGGAAGGCAGCUGGAGCUUCAGGCAGAGCUCAGAGCUGGUGGAGAAGCCUCAUGACAGGGAAAAGCCUUACAAGUGCUUGGAAUGUGGGAAGGGUUUUAGACAGAGCUCCAGCCUUCUCCAGCACCAGGUGAUCCACACUGGAGAACGGCCCUAUGAGUGUGGGGAAUGUGGGAAGAGCUUCAGCCACAGCUCAAACCUGAUUCGACACCAGAGGAUCCACACUGGGGAACGACCCUAUGAGUGUGGGGAAUGUGGGAAGAGCUUCAGCCAGAGCUCCAGUCUGAUCCAGCACCAGAGGAUCCACACCGGUGAACGGCCCUACGAGUGUGGGGAAUGUGGGAAGAGCUUCCGCCGGAAGGGCUACCUGAGGGAACACCAGAGGAUCCACACAGGGGAAAAGCCCUAUGAGUGUAGGGAAUGUAGGAAGUGCUUCAGCCACAACUCCCUGCUGAAGGAACACCAGAGGAUCCACACUGGGGAAAAGCCCUACAAUUGUGGGGAAUGUGGGAAGAGCUUCAGCAAGAUUGCCCACCUGAUCCAGCACCAAGUGAUCCACACUGGGGAACGGCCCUACACUUGCUUGGAAUGUGGGAAGAGCUUUGGAUGGAGUUCUGCUCUGAGAAAACACCAGCGCAUCCACACUGGAGAGAGGCCCUAUGAGUGUCCUGAGUGUGGGAAGAGGUUUCAGAUCAGUUUCAAUCUCCUCCUACAUCAGCGGAUUCACACAGAGGAGAGGCCCUUCCGCUGCCCUGACUGCGGGAAGGGCUUCAACCGCAACUCCACUCUCACUGUCCACCGGCGCAUCCACACCGGGGAGAGGCCCUACGAGUGUCCUGAGUGUGGGAAGAGAUUCUCACAGAGCACUCAUUUGACCCAACACCAACAGAGGCACCACUAAGGGAAGCCAUGCAAGCACCACAAGUGCAGGAAGAGCUUCGGGUGGUGCUUCAACUUCAUCCCCUGUGGGAGCAUCCACAUCGGAUGAUCCCCAGUGACCCCCUUGUGCAGAGCCGUGGUGACCCCUGUUCCAAGUGGUUCCUGUUGAGUGGGGGGAAAGUGUUGGAGAGAUUUCUUUCCCUUCUCCUUAUACUGCCUUGAUUUUUUUGGUAAUAAAUUUACUCCCUGUGUUCA